UCACACUUUUUUUUCUUUGGCCCCGCCCCUUUAGCGUGCAGAACUCCGCCCCCCAGCUGUCCCUGUCCUCCACCACCUCUGCCAUCCGCCGCGCCCUCUCCGUCUGGUCCUCGGCCGCGCCCUCCCUGCGCUUCCGGGAGGUUCCGUUCGCCGCCAUCUUGUCUGGCCACGCCCCCCGCGCUGACAUCAUGGUGCUGUUCGCCGACGGUUUCCACGGCGACGGUUCCCCGUUUGACGGACAGGGCGGGUUCCUGGCCCACGCCUUCUUCCCCGGGCCGGAUAUCGGGGGCGACGCCCACUUCGACGGGGCGGAGCCGUGGACGGACCGGAACGAGGACCUCAGCGGCAAUGACCUGUUCCUGGUGGCCGUGCACGAGCUCGGGCACUCGCUGGGUCUGGAACAUUCCAGCGACCCCUCGGCCAUCAUGGCCCCGUUCUACCAAUGGAUGGACACACGGCCCUUCCGCCUGCCCGACGACGACCGGCGCGGGAUACAGCAGCUCUACGGUGAGAAAAUGGGGUGAAA